CUCCAAUACACCACUCCCCUCCACCACCACCACCACCACCACCAUGGCCCCCGUCCCUCUCAGCACAGUCGAUGCCGACCUGAAAGAAAUCAUCCAACACCUCUUCGAGAUCCAGUCCGCCGUGCACGGCUACCUAGGCCCAGAAACCCAACAAGAACUCGUCCGAAAGAUAAAAAACCUCACCACCUCCCUAAGCACCCUCUCCACCCACACCGCCGACCAACCCACCCCCACCACCACCACCACCACCAACAACAACAACAACAACAACAACAACCCCUCCGACCCCCCAAUCCACAGCAUCCAGCUCCCCCCCGAAAUCAUCGACUACGUGGAUGCGGCGCGUAACCCGGACAUCUACACGCGGGAAUUCGUGGAGCUGAUCCAACGCGGCAACCAGGAUCUCCGGGGCAAGAAGGAGGCGUUUGCGGGGUUUCGGGAUGUGUUGGCGCGCGAGAUGAAGAGUGCGAUGCCGGAGGUGAGGGGGGAGGUGGAUCGCGUGUUGGCGAAUACGGAGGAUGUGGAUGGUGUGGGGGUGGUUUUUGGGGAGAUGGGGUUGGGGGGGGAGUAGUGGGAGGAGGUGAUGUGAUAUGUGCUUGGUAGUUGUAGUUAAUAUCA